AUGACACCAUCGUCAACUGCUGCCACUAUUCAAGACAAUAAUAGUUCAGAGACAACUCCACCAACAAUUUGUGAAAGUCCUAGGUGGUCGACAACGGGAGUCACUGUCGCUGGUGGUCUUACAUCUGGGUCGGCUUUGAACCAACUUCAAAUUCCACUUGAUCUAUUUGUUGAUAAGCAGGAUGCUAUUUACAUAGCCGAUUCUCUCAAUCAUCGUAUCGUUAAAUGGGAGAAAGAUGCGCGUGAAGGUCGUCUGAUCAUUGGUGGUGCUGGAGCAGGAAAUGAAUCACAUCAAUUUCAUUACAUCACAGCAAUGUUUAUCGAUAAGGAAGGAAGUAUCUACGUUGGAGACAAUCACAAUCAUCGAAUUCAAAAAUGGAAAAAGGAUAGUACACGUGGAGAAACAAUCAUUGGUAAAUUUGGUCGUGGCACAGGUUUAAAUCAAAUUGAUAAUUGUUGGGGUCUCUACGUUGACAGAGAAUUUAAUGUUUAUGUUUCUGAACAUUCCAAUCAUCGAGUAACAAAAUGGACACCAGGUGCAGAGCAAGGAAAAAUCGUCGCUCACGUGUGGAAACCUGUAGGAAUUUAUGUUGAUGAAUAUAACGGAAACAUUUAUGUCGCAAGUUAUGAUGACUCCAUUCAACAGUUCAAUCAAAAUGGUACAUUCAUUCGAAAGAUUGGAAAAUCUUUACUGGACAGUCCUUAUGACUUUGUUCUGAUUCCCGAUUCAGAUCCAAACAAU